GGAACUAGACGCGUCAAUGUCAAAACCCCCCGCGCCGUAUAUUGUGCACCGCAUAUAUGCUGUAGUUGUAGUGUUUGAGUACUGCUACAUCUUGGAUAUUUCAGAAUUCAUCCAAAAGCACCUCACGCCGCGUGACUCACAACCUGUUACUAUUGAUCCAUCCUCCAGGCACAAUGAAUACUUUGCACAAUCCAAGAAUGGUCACCUUGUACAGGACAGCGGGCAACAGUGUGAUGAAAAUGCUUUCUAGUAAUGUAGCCGUUCCAACUGUGGGACCUGUCAGGUUAUGCAGUUCUGGCAUGGGUCCCUCCAACAGUAAUCGAGGAUUCACCAAGAAAAGAGGAUAUGACAUUACCAGAAAUCCACACCUCAAUAAGGGCAUGGCUUUUACGUUACAAGAACGCCUGCAACUAGGGAUACAUGGAUUGCUUCCACCUUGCUUUUUGACACAUGAUGUGCAGGUUCUACGUGUAAUGAAGAGUUAUGAGACCAGAUCCAAUGAUUUAGAUAAAUACAUUCUUCUAAUGACCCUUCAGGACAGGAAUGAAAAAUUGUUCUACCGUGUCCUGACGUCAGAUAUUGAGGAAUUUAUGCCAAUUGUUUACACACCGACUGUAGGGUUAGCCUGCCAGCAGUAUGGACUGGCAUUCCGAAGACCCAGAGGUCUCUUCAUUACUAUUCAUGAUAAAGGUCAUAUUGCUACAAUGCUGAAUUCAUGGCCAGAGGAUGACAUCAAGGCCAUCGUUGUGACUGAUGGAGAACGUAUUUUGGGCCUGGGAGACCUUGGGAGCUAUGGCAUGGGAAUUCCUGUUGGAAAGUUGGCUCUCUACACAGCAUGUGGAGGGGUCAAUCCCCAGCAGUGUCUUCCUGUAUUGUUAGAUGUCGGUACAGACAAUCAGACACUGUUAAAUGAUCCAUUGUAUAUUGGACUGAAACACAAGAGAGUACGAGGAAAAGAGUAUGAUGAACUGGUGGAUGAAUUUAUGCAAGCAGUAACAGAUAAGUAUGGAAUGAACUGUCUUAUCCAGUUUGAAGAUUUUGCCAAUGCUAAUGCCUUCCGUAUUCUCAAUAAGUACCGCAACAAGUAUUGCACCUUCAAUGAUGAUAUUCAAGGGACUGCUUCUGUAGCAGUUGCUGGUAUACUCGCUGCUUUAAGAAUCACAAAGAACAAGCUUUCAGACCACAAGUUUGUCUUUCAAGGAGCCGGUGAGGCAGCAAUGGGAAUAGCUCAUCUAAUCAUUAUGGCCAUGGAGAAGGAAGGCAUUCCACACAGUGAGGCCAUCAAACGAAUCUGGAUGGUUGACUCGAAAGGACUUAUUGUGAAGGGCCGGGGUAAUUUGAACCAUGAGAAGGAGCAGUUUGCCCAAGAGCAUCCUCAGGUGAAGACGUUGGAGGAGGCUGUAAACAUCAUAAAACCCACUGCAAUCAUAGGAGUAGCUGCUGUCAGUGGGGCAUUCACAGAGAAGAUCAUCAAGGAUAUGGCUUCCUUUAAUGAGCGGCCCAUUAUAUUUGCAUUGAGUAACCCAACCAGCAAAUCUGAGUGCACAGCAGAGCAGUGUUACCGGCUGACCGAGGGCCGUGGUAUCUUUGCUAGUGGGAGUCCAUUCAGUAAAGUGACCCUGGCAGAUGGACGCUCCUUCCACCCAGGUCAGGGAAACAAUGCCUAUGUCUUCCCAGGAGUCGCACUGGGGGUCAUUGCCUGUGGGGUCAGACACAUCUCUGAUGACAUCUUCCUCACCACAGCUGAGAUUCUUGCCGCAGAAGUAACAGAGCAGCACUUGGCUGAAGGACGACUCUACCCUCCACUUCACACCAUCAGAGAUAUAUCUCUUAAAAUCGCUGUAAAGAUUGUCGACUAUGCCUACAACAGAGGAAUUGCUUCCUGGUAUCCCGAGCCUAAAGACAAGGAGGCCUUUAUCCGCUCUCUUGUCUACAGUCCCGACUACGACUCAUUUACUCUGGAUAUGUACAACUGGCCAAAACACGCCAUGGAAGUUCAAGAUGUUUAGUUGUGUGUGAUCCCUACAGUGUGGCUUCCAUCUCCAUUUACAGCUCUGAUUAUAAACUUUGCUUGAUCUAGGAGAAAAUUGAAUAGAUUUUAGUUUUAAAUUGCUGCCAUUUCAUGUAUAACAUGCUUAUUUUAGGAUUGUUCAGUUCUUUCCUUAUGUUAUUUUAUUUUUAUUCCAAUUAGACAUUUUUGUACCUAUUUAUUCUGAUUUUUGACGCAUUCUAUCGUUUUGUAGGCAAAACUAAAGCACUUUUUGUUUGUUAAGAGAAGGAUUAUCUUAUGUACUUUGGAGCUGAAAAAGAGAUCCACGUCACCAAGGUGUCCCAAGAAUUCAGAAAGUUGCUCUAACUGCUGUUGAUUGAAAAAAAUUAAAGAGAGGCAAUGACUGAGAUAAAUAUGGUGUUAAACGACUCCGCCAACCCACCGGGAAAUCAAACAGUCAGCUUGUCAGAGCCCGAGCACCUUGGACUUGAUGUGUUUUUCUACGCCCUCCUAAUGCGCACAUAUCUUUUAAUAUAACGUUAAUUGCCAAACGUUUGCUGCCAUUUAUUUUAGAAAUAUUUAAAUUCCUCUUAUUAUCUUUGAUUUUUGUUUAUUUUUUUUUAUUAAGAAACUGACAUUAUGAAACAGUCAUGCAGGACAUACAUUUAUGGAAAGUUCCAAAAGCACAGUUAAGAAUCUUGUACAAUACUUGGGAACACGAGUAAGUGCAAAAGAAUGAAGCCGCUGUGUAUAUAAGGGAAUAAUAAUAUAUAAAGGAAUAAUAAAUAGUUUACAUGUGUAUAGGUUUUACAACGGAAAACAAAACAAAAAUGGAACGUACACACUCGGCUCGUGUGGCCCAGCAUUAGAGACUGACUCCACGUCACAUUAAAAUAGAUUGGCAGCAGUUUUAGGCUACUUAAUCAUGUACCAUCCUUUCCAUUUUUAAAUGUUGUUUUGGUCAAACGUUUUCAAGCAAUAAAUCCAAGAAAGAGGAGGAAAAGCUGUGCCAUUACCUGCCUUUAUGUGUAUCUGCUGCUCUGACAGAGGUGACAUGUACAAGUGAAACACACAGUAGGGAUUUGGUUUUAUUAUCAAGUGAGAAUGCUGACCUAUGCUUGGCAUGGCUAUAAUCUAAGGA